GACACGGGUAAGCCGACUAAGAAGCCGACAGGGUGGCUCACGAACAGCGCGGCGGUGGCGAACCACCUGAGCAGGCGCUGUGCAUGUCCGCCCGGUGCUCACCAGCAGUUGCUCGGGAAGGACUCGGGCGGCUACCGGGCGCAGCAGGCGGCGGCCUAUCCCUUGGGCCUCGCGAAGGCCUUCUGUCGCGGUGUGUUCCAGCAGAUGCAGAUCGACUACCGCGGCUCGCUGGUCAUGGAUGCGGCCUUCCCGGACGCGCCGCCUGCCGAGGCGGCGGCGGCGGCCCCGGAGGCGCCGGCCGAGGUGCCCGCUGGGCCCAGGCUGCUGGAGAAGAUGGGCGACGAUGUCGAGAUGAUCAUCUGGGGCUCGGACCUCUUCCUGGAGAAGCUGGGAGGAGUCAUCAGCGAGCCGCUGAAGAUGGUGAAGGCCAGACGCGGAGGCCAGCGGCUUCAGACGGUGCAGCCGCGGCUGCACGCCGCGGGCGCCCCGCUCAGGAUGGUCACCGCGCUCAGGGGCGACCAGCUCUACAGGAAGGGCUUCGAGGAUUGGUCGCAGCAGUCCCUGCAGGCACGACGUCGCUGGUUGCCGAGGCACUUGCUCGAGAACGACGUCGUGGUCUUCUACUUCGCGGGCUACGAGCGCGACGACCUGCCCGAGGGGCCAGCUGCCGCGCAGCAGCGGGACGCCUCGCGGGAGAGGAAGCGACGCUGGGAGCUGCUGCCGAGGGCAGUCAAGAGGGCGAUCGAGAGGGUGCGCGUGAACCUCGGGCACCCCUCGCGGCCGGCGCUGCUCGGGGCACUGCGCCUGGGCAAGGCGACGGCGCUGGCGCUGAAGGCGGCGAGUCUCUUCGUCUGCGAGGGCUGUCGGCGAGCGCAGCGGCCCGGCAUCCCGCGCCCGAGCCAGCGCCCGAGGGUCGACGAGUUCAACGUGCUGCUCGCGAUGGACUGCUUUGAGAACGUCGACCGCGCCGGCAGCAGCUGGGAGUUCCUGGGCAUCAUGUGCAUGGGGACGAACUUCCAUGUGGUCUGCCUGCUGGAGGACACUCACAAUAAUCCCAAGGCCUCGGAGGUCAGGAAGUUCUGCGAGCUCUGCUGGGUCUCCUGGGCUGGCCAGCCGGAGGAGGCGAUCAUGGUGGGCCGCGCGCGGUCCUUCCUAGGCGAGUUCGCGGACUACCUGGAGCAGGAGGGCGUGCGCCUGGACUCGGCCGCUCUGGCUUCGCCGUGGCACAUCGGCAAGAUGGAGCGUCGCGACGGCAUCUGGAACUCGAUGCUCACGAGGGUGGUGCGCGACAAGCAGGUGGCUGGCCUUGAGGAGAGGAGGACGGCGGCGACGGAGUGCAACAGGGCCAAGAACACGUUGGGCCGGCGGGCUGGCUUCAGCCCCUACCUCUGGGUCCUCGGCCGGGGCAUCCGCCUCCCGGCGAGCCUCGCGGAUGACGCCGAGGUCGAGCGAGUUGGCGAGCAGGUGGCAGCGGCUACUCCAGGCUCGCGUUUCGCCCGCAAGGUCGAGAUCAGGGCCCGGUGCAGGAUGGCCUUCAUCCAGACGGACGCGGAGGAUCGACUUCGACGGGCAGAGCUUCGACAGAUACGGCCGAUGAGGGGGCCGUUUGUUGUGGGCCAGUGGGUGCUCUUCUAUGACCAGGCGCAGCCGGUCAAGCAUCGGCCUGAGCAUCCAGACAACUGGCGAGGGCUGGCGCGCGUGAUCGGCCAUGAGGGCUGGCAUGGAGCGUGGCUUGCCUUCCGGGGCCUCGCCGUGCUCGCGAGCCCGGAGCACCUGGCAGCCGCCGCGGGCCACGAGAUCCACGCCUGGAGGCCGAUUGCGCAGGGGCAGGAGCUGGUGCACGACGCGCCCGUCGGCGGCGGCAGCGGCUUCGAACCUGCGAG